GCAGUAAUUCUCAGGCUCAUCAACAACAUUGAUCAUAUAGCUCAUAAGCAUUUGAUCACCACAAUCUCUCUCGAUCCUAUACUCACAAUACAAAACUUCAAACUUUUCACCAGCAAUCAAAACACAUCAUCAGAAGAUGGGAAGAGCUCCAUGCUGCGAGAAAAUGGGGUUACAGAGAGGUCCAUGGACGCCUGAAGAGGAUCAAAUCUUGAUCUCUUUUAUUCACAAACAUGGUCAUAAUAACUGGCGAGCCCUCCCUAAGCAAGCUGGACUUUUGAGAUGUGGAAAAAGCUGUAGACUUAGGUGGAUGAACUAUUUAAAACCUGAUAUAAAAAGAGGCAAUUUCACCAAAGAAGAGGAGGAUGCUAUCAUUAGCUUGCACCAAGUCCUUGGCAAUAGAUGGUCAGCAAUUGCAGCAAAAUUACCAGGAAGAACGGAUAAUGAGAUCAAGAACGUAUGGCACACUCACUUGAAGAAAAGACUCGAAGAUUACCAACCCGCUAAACCUAAGAGCAGCAAUAAGAAGCACGGUACUAAACCUAAAUCUCAAUCCGUAGCGGCGAAACUGAACAGUACAAGAAGUGAAUCGGAGCUUGGAAAUUCAUCAAACCCUUCUUUUGAAAGCUUGUUCUCGGCAUCACCUUCGACAAGUGAUGAGGUUUCUUCGGUGACACUCAUGAGCCACGAAGGCCAUAACAACGAGGCUAAGAUGGAUAACAAAUUGGGAGACAUCAGUACUGCGGACCAAGAUUGUUUUUCUUUCGAAAAUUUUGGAGCAGAUAUCGACGAGAGCUUUUGGAACGAGGCGCUAUAUAGUCAAGAUGAACAUAAUUACGCGUCGAAUCUUGAAGUGACUGGUUUUGAUGAUGAGACACAACAAGAGUUUCAGCAGUUAGGCUCCGUUGAAAAUGAGAUGGUUUUCGACAGUGAGAUGGACUUCUGGUACGAUGUAUUCGUGAGAACUGGAGGGGAGCAAGAACUAUUAGCUGGGCUAUAAUUAAUUAAUUGUGAUGAUUGGUUCGCGUAAAACUUUAGCCGUAUAAGUUUGGUUGUAGGUAAGUCUAAGUCGGUUAUAGUUGUAAAGUUGUUAAUGUAAACUUUUUUGCAUAAACUUUUAUUGUAGUUAAAUUUGUUGUAAUUGCAAGUUAUAGGUCGUAAA